AUGGAUAACUAUAACAAAACUUUUAUUACGGAAGCGUCUUCAACGGAAACUGUAUUCGAUCUUUAUAAUAACGUUUCAACGCAUAUUGAUAUAAGUUGGCCCACUAUAUCGUGGGUUUUUAUUAAUGGUGUUUUGUUCAUAUUCAUAAUUGGCGGUAACGCCUUUACCAUUAUAGCAAUUCGCACAUGUCGCCGUUUACGCAGUUUGAUCUCAAAUUUGUUUAUACUUUCAUUGGCUGUUUCGGAUCUUAUAGUUGGACUAACUUUACCAUACACCUUGUGGUUUUAUCUGGACUCUUCAAUGGUAAACAAGCUUGGUUUGUGCAUGGCUCGUUUUUUCCUUAUUAUAUUCGCGUGUUGUGUUUCAAUUCUAACUCUCAUAUCUAUAUCGAUAGAUAGAUAUAUUGCAAUUGUAUAUGCUUUACACUACAGAAGGUUUAUGACACGCAGAGUGGCUCUAUUUAUUAUAAUCUUUAAUUGGGGUUUUGGCGCUUUUGUGGCAGCUAUUCCAAUGUUCUGGAAUAAUUGGAGCAAUGCCUACGAAUGUGAAUUUGAUGAAGUAUUACCACCUUGGUAUAUGGCUGGCAUGAUAACGCCGUCUUUUGCAGUCAUUUGGAUUUUAAUGCUAAUGGUGUAUUGGCGAAUAGUAAAAGAGGCUUCGAAACAAGCAAGCCAAUUGAAGCACCCUCGGCGUUCAUCAAAUUCACAUUUGGUUCAUCCAGAUUGGAAGUCUCUUCAGGUUGUGAUUUUGAUUAUGGGCUGCUUCUCAUUGUGCUGGUUGCCGUACUUGAUUGUGGCUUGUGCUCAGUUGUUUGAAGUCUCCAAUAAAUCAUCACUUCUUUACAAAACGGCACUUUCCCUGGCUAUGGCGAAUUCUGCAUUUAAUCCGAUUAUUUAUUCGUGGAAGAAUUCAAAUUUUAGACGUGCCUUCGUUCAGAUGUUGCAUUGUAAAUCGCCAAAUUGCUAUCAGAAAUCUUCUUUGGACUGCGACAACAAAUCGUUGACGUGUGAGAAGCGAAGUUCGAUGUCUAACACUAUGAUGCCAACAACUAAAUACGAACAGUCCAAGGAGCGGUUUGGAGCGUUUUUAUUCAAUCAGUUACGAUUUCAAACCGUUUAUACAGUAACAGAUAACAUGCCAAAAAUAUAAUAAAUAAUAACUUGAAA